UCACUUGUAGUCUGCACAGGAGUAAUCCAUUCUGACAAUGCAAGGCCAGGUGGACCCAGCCCCCUCCAUUCGCCUGGGCUGGCUUGGUACAGUCCUGGGGCAGAGAAACUGCAAGCGGGUCCUGGACACAGCCUGUGGAGAAGGGGGAGAUUCCUUAGCUCUGGUGGAGGGGGGUCUGGAGAUGGUCAGCUGUGACAACAGUGAUGCCAGCCUGAGAAAGGUCAUGACUUUGAGGUGGAAGAAAAGGUCACAGCCUGGAUUUGACAUGUGGGUCAUAGCCAAGGCCAGACUGUCCACACUGGAGCAGGACCUUGGGCAGGAGGGAGUGGUGAUUGGUGCAGGGUUUGACGCUGUGCUGUGUUUGAACAACAUCUUCACUACAUUACACCAGGAAGACAUGAGGGCUGCCAUUUCCAAUAUGUCCAUUCUGCUGAAAAAAGGAGGGGUGAUGGUGAUCGACCACCUGGAGGGAGACCCAGAGGAAUCCCAUGGAACUGAUCAGCUCACCAAUGACAUGGACAACACAACAGCCAAACCACGGUCAUCAUCUGCUAGGCCAUUGACCUUGGAGGAGUUUGAAAAGCUGCUGAAGACAUGUUUUGUUGGUGGCUACACGCACACUCUGUAUGCCCAGCACAAGUCAGCUGCUGAGGAGGGCAAGCCAUUCAAGUUCUACCAUGUCAUUGACAAGCUGUAGCGCCAGUCUGUAGUGCUGUCAUCACAGCUCUCCAUCUGGCACAAUUUGUCCACAACUAUAUAAUAAAUAUGUUUGUUUACGCCACAAACCUUUACGUUAAUAGAAGACUUUGCUAUCUGUUUUGAAAGCAUGUUACUGCUAUGCAAGAAAAAUAAGCAAAACAUUAUUGAUUCUUAUUAUCAAUUAUAUUAAUGACUUAAUGUUUAAACAUCUUUUUGAAAUUCAACAAGAGCCUGGUUUAUAUAUUGCAUAACAUUGAUGGCCAGCUCAGACAGUUACUUUCAGAGUCAUUACAUCAAUACAGGAUGUAUACAGUACGCCAUUGUGAAAGGACUGUAUUUAUAUUUGCACAUUUAUAUUUGCAUGACUGUGAACAAUUGGCCUCCUUGGUGUUCUUAUCGCCCCUCAUUUAAUCAGAAAAUAUUCACGAUGAAGGAAAUGUCUACACAUAUAUGGAAUGCAUCAGGAAAGGCCUAGGGUCUGCAUGGGUUUAGUGAGUGUCUUAUUAAUGUUUUAUAUCCACAUGAUACCUAAUUCACCACAAAUGGAAUCUUGCAAAAAUUUGGCUGAUAAUAUGUUCAUUUAUGCAUAUAUAAUUGAUUGGAAAAUUACAGCCCCUUCUGGAGUUUAGUACCCCUUCAACUACAUACCUGUACAUCUAUAUAUAGCGUUAAACGUACUGAGCAAAACAAGAAUGACAGCUGUUGUCAAUGGGUUAUUGAAAAGUUUUCCUGUUUCAAUGUACAUGAAAAUGCAAUGAUUGCAAUAGCAACCUCACAUACUGAGUAUUCACACCAACAUAAUGACCUAUUCCAACUUCAGUGAUAGGGAGGCCAAAUGAAAUAUAUACUAUAACUGGUACAUUUGGGCUGGAAACAUCCUGCAAUUGCCCAUGAACCUUGACUCACUGGCCAUUAAUCAAAGUAUUAUUAGUCAUGUUUUUAUCAAAAUUCACUUAAGAAAAUGCAAACUAUACUACGAUGCUACAUCAACUUGAUAAUAAUUAUAUUACUACGAAAUAGAAUUACUAUGACGAUACACUCAAACUUACAUACCACAUUCUGUGGAUGGUGUGGGGUUGGGUGGCUUGUAUUGUAAUGUUGAAUAUGGAAAGUAGGGUUUCCAUGGACAGGAACAACAUGUACAUUGUACAAGAAUGCCUGUGCUACAAUGUACACUGUUUUAGAUGUCGUGCUGAUUGACAGACUCCCCUGGGAUGAUAGGACCAGUUCCAUAUACUAAUACAAUGUCAUGUAACAUUGGACAUAUAUGUACAUUUAAUUUAUGCUCAAUGUGGUAGGACUUAACUAAUAAAAAAAAUCCUUUGACUUUUGGUGAACAUUUGGAUGAUCUUUAGAAGUGGGCUGCCCUUUACACAUUGAGAUACACUGUCACAAGUUGGUCCUGCCACCUCAUGAAUACACAGGUGUUUACCUCAUGAA